GUGCUGUGGCCAGCACAGUGGUGAAGCAGAAGCUGGCUGAGGUCAUCCUGAAGAAGCAGCAGGCAGCUUUGGAGAGGACCAGCAACCCCAACCCUUCAGCCAUGCCGUACAGGUCUCUGGAGCGUCUGGAUCCCGAGGGCCCUUCCCCUCCUGUGCUCAGCAGCUUCCUCUCCCCCGUCCCCAGCACUUCUCUUGACCCCCCAGAGCAUUUUCCGCUGCGGAAGACAGCAUCUGAGCCCAACCUGAAGGUGCGUUGCAAGCCCAGGAAGUGCCUUGACCGACGCAAGAACCCCCUGACGCGGAAGGAGAGCGCUCCCCCCUCGCUGAAGAGGCGGCCGCCCGAGGCGAUCGACUCCUCCCCGAGCAGUAGCAGCACCCCCGUGUCUGGCUGCAGCUCUCCCAAUGACAGUCUCCCCGCUGAGCACGGAGCGCUCCCAGCUGCCUCCGGCAUGGCCCACGAGACACCCCUGGCCCAGCGCCUGAUGAUGCAGGAGAGCUCACUGGCCCAGUUUGCCCUGCAGAGUGCAGCCUCCCUUCCGGCCAUCACACUGGGAUUGCCGGCUACCACUAGCGCCAGGGGAGAGGCAGAUCGCCGCCCCCUCUCCAGCCUGGCACACCGGGUGCCCGUGCUGAACGGCCCUGUCCUGGCGGGCACGCACUCGCCCAUGUUCAUACCACCCGGCUUGGAGCAGCACGAGGCUGGGAGCCCCUUGUCGCCUCGGCUCCAGCCUGUCAUCAUCCUCGAGCCCUCGGUCACCCACACUCCGCUGGUGGCAGUGCCAGGUCUGGGAACGGUCCCCUUCUCCUUCGCCCCCUCCCUCAUCUCUGCAGAGCGCCUGUCGCUCCCAGGCCACCAUAAACCGCUGGGCAGGACCCGCUCGGAGCCCCUGCCCCAGAACCCCAAGGCCAUCCAGCAGCAACUGGUGUACCAGCAGCAUCACACCCAGUUCCUGGAGAGACUCAAGCAGCAGACGCAUCUGGGCAAGCGCAUGGCUAAAUCCAGCGAGAAGCCCCGUCUGCGGCAGAUCCCCUCCUCGGAGGACAUGGAGGCCGAGGGGACGCUCCCAGAGGCUGGGGCCGAGAGCGGUGACCUUGCAAGGGCACGUGUGGAGCCCGCGAGGCCGGGGGGCAGCAUGAAGGAGCCCGAGAGGACGCAGAAGAUGAUGCAGCCUCAAGAGGAGCUUGUCCUACAGCAGGCCUAUCUCUGGGACUCCUACCAGCGUGUGCAGCAGCAGCUCCUCAAGCGUCAGCCCUUGGCCGACUCCCCCAUGGUCCCCACCAUCCACGCGGGGCACAGACCCCUCUCCAGGGCCCAGUCAUCUCCUGCCACCGCGACCAUCUCCCUUCCUGCCCAGGACACGGCCUCCAAGACGCUCUCCCUGCCUGUGCAGGAGCAGCCAGCCAAGCCGCACUUCACAACAGGGCUGGUUUACGACUCGGUGAUGCUCAAACACCAGUGCUCCUGCGGCGACAACAGCAACCACCCGGAGCACGCGGGCAGGAUCCAGAGCAUCUGGUCCCGUCUGCAGGAGAGGGGGCUGCGCAGCCAGUGCAGCGGCAGGUUGCGGGGAGGCGGUGCUGGCAUGGCCCGCCUGACCCCUGCCCGCAAACGCGGGGUGCUCGGCUUCAAAUCCAAGGCGCGCAGCGCGGCGCUCAGCCUCGCAGCUGCCUCCCCGGCCGCGGCGGCGCGAG